CCCCACACGGCACCACACCCUUAUGGCUCGUCCAGAAGCUCCUCCCUCCACCACCACCACAAACGACAGCAACCACUUACCUUUCUUCGACCAUACGACACCAAUCAACAUGGAGCUCAGAGACUUAAAACCAAAACCAAAAGCCCACACCAAAAUAAACCCAUCACUCGGUGAGCUUCUAAAACGAGUUGAAGACUCUCAAACUAACACCCCAAAUCAUCAAAUUCUCGAGCUUGGUUCGGUACCUCAGUCCUACCCUUUUGUCCUUUCCUUUCAUAAUCUCACAUACAGUGUCAAAGUCCGCCGGAAAUUGACUCUUCCCUUCACAAGGUCAGCCGAAAACGACCCCUCCGGUGGUGGAGAUAUAGAAGUCUCCUUAAGUAGAAACCACAACACUAAGAUUUUGUUGAAUGGCAUAUCCGGUGAAGCUAGAGAAGGCGAGAUCAUGGGCGUUCUUGGCGCAAGUGGGUCAGGGAAAUCAACACUAAUCGAUGCUUUAGCUGAUAGGAUCUCAAAAGAGAGCUUAAAAGGGUUAGUGAGUUUAAACGGAGAGGUUUUGGAGUCAAGGUUAUUGAAGGUCAUUUCGGCUUACGUUAUGCAAGAUGACCUCUUGUUCCCCAUGCUAACAGUCGAAGAAACUCUCAUGUUCUCCGCUGAGUUCAGGCUACCUCGAUCCCUCUCCAAGUCCAAAAAGCGAGCCAGAGUUCAAGCUCUGAUCGACCAAUUAGGCCUACGAAACGCUGCCAAGACUGUUAUUGGUGAUGAAGGCCAUAGAGGCGUGUCUGGUGGAGAAAGGAGACGAGUUUCGAUUGGUAUAGAUAUAAUCCAUGAUCCCAUUGUCUUGUUCCUCGACGAACCCACCUCGGGCUUGGACUCAACAAGCGCUUUCAUGGUGGUUAAAGUAUUGAAAAGGAUAGCACAGAGUGGUAGCAUAGUUGUCAUGUCGAUACACCAACCUAGUUACAGAAUCCUCAGCUUGCUAGACCGGUUGAUCUUCCUUUCCCAUGGCCAAACCGUCUACAGUGGCUCACCUGCUAAUGUUCCUCUCUUCUUCGCCGAGUUUGGUCACCCAAUACCCGAAAACGAGAACCGAACUGAGUUUGCUCUAGACUUAAUCCGCGAGCUUGAAGAAACCCCAGGUGGAACCAAGAGCUUGGUCGAGUUCAACGACUCAUGGCAAGCCACCAAAACCAACGACAACCUCUCCAUAACAACCAGACCAAAGCUCUCUCUCAAAGACGCCAUUAGUGCCAGCAUCUCCAGAGGAAAACUAGUCUCCGGAGCACCAAAAGAUCCCAACAACACAACGGGUUCGUUUCCCACAUUUGCCAACCCUUUCUGGAUGGAAAUGGUGGUGAUAUCAAACCGCUCGGUUACAAACUCAAGAAGAAUGCCAGAGCUAUUCGGGAUAAGACUCGGAGCAGUUUUAGUAACCGGGAUCAUACUCGCCACCAUGUUCUGGAAACUCGACAACUCACCUAAAGGAGUCCAAGAGCGACUAGGCUUCUUCGCCUUCGCCAUGUCCACCACCUUCUACACCUGCGCCGAAGCCAUUCCAGUCUUUCUCCAAGAACGUUACAUCUUCAUGAGAGAAACCGCUUAUAACGCCUACCGCCGCUCCUCCUACGUGUUAGCUCACUCACUCAUCUCAAUCCCAUCACUGGUUUUUCUCUCAUUAACCUUCGCAGCCACCACUUUCUGGGCCGUGGGACUUGCCGGCGGACUCUCAGGCUUUUUCUUCUUUUUCUUCACCAUCUUCGCAGCUUUCUGGGCCGGAAGCUCCUUCGUAACGUUCUUAUCUGGAGUCGUAACCCAUGUCAUGCUGGGAUACACCGUCGUGGUGGCCAUUUUAGCUUACUUUCUUCUCUUCAGUGGUUUCUUUAUUAGUCGCGACCGAAUCCCACCUUACUGGCUAUGGUUCCACUACAUCUCGCUCGUUAAGUACCCUUACGAAGCGGUUUUACAGAACGAGUUCGAUGACCCAAUUAAGUGUUUCGUGAGAGGAGUUCAGCUCUUUGACCAGUCACCUCUCGGGGCGGUGCCGGUGUCGCUGAAAGGGGAGCUUUUGAAGAGCAUGAGUAAGACACUGGGAAUGAAUAUAACUGGCUCCACGUGCGUGACCACCGGAACAGAUAUACUGACGCAGCAGGGGAUCACUGAUAUUAGUAAAUGGAAUUGCCUAUGGAUCACUAUUGCUUGGGGAUUUUUCUUUAGAAUCCUUUUCUACUUCACUUUGUUGUUAGGGAGCAAGAACAAGAGGCCCGGGACGGCGGUCGGGGCCCAUGGACUGAGCGUUCAAGUGUGGGCCCGGUCCAGGCCCGCUGGAUAUAGGAAUGUCCAAGGGGCACGGCCCUAGUGCGAUCCUGAGCCCAGACGGUGUCCGGGGCGGCGAUCCAGGACAGUUGUCCGGGAGACGCACAGAGCUCAGGAUCGCGUCGAAGUAUACAUAAACAGUCUUGGACACUGGUAAACGGUCUGGGCCUGCGGUAAACGAACCCGGAUUAGGUCGUCCCCGGUUGGUAGGGAAAAGCGUCUGGGACCCUGAAGCCGCCCCACUUCGCGUGGUGGUUGUCCCUACUUUUCACCUGCGGAAAAUGCCACCUCGGGAUUGCACGCCGCUAUUUCAGGUCUGCACUGCCAAGUACUCUGACUGAUCUUGUCCACUGAAUCUGCCUCGUAACUCAAAGUGCCCAAACCAAAAGCACCGUUUUGUCGGGCGAAGUAUAGCUCUUGGGCCACCUUAUUGGGCCUUAAUUAGUCUUGAAUUUAUGUAUGUUUUAUCUUUUAUAUUGGGCUUCCACCAGAGAAGCCAAGAGUGUCCAUAUCUCUGAUGGGCUCGGGUUAUAUCUGGCCCAGACCCAGUGUUCCCAUGAGUCUAUAAAUGCAUGCAAUAGAACACUGGAAAAAGGAUCUCCUCUGGACUGAUAUACAGUUACUCUGUCAAAAUAUAGAGAAAAACUCCAUUGUAAAAGAUUUUCCAAGCUCUAAUACAACUGACUUGUGGACUAAGGCUUAUUAAC